GUCAUGGCGGAGGACGACUUGGCUAUCAGAGCACUAGAUCCAUCUUUUAGACCAAAACGAGGGCGGCGAAGGAAUUCGGAAAACGAGGCAAGUGAUCAAGGUACACAAGACUCGAUAGUCAAGCAACAGCAGAGACUACCGGAAAGGACAGAUCCAUACUCUGCAGUUGCAUAUAGCGCGCAUCCCGAUGGCCAUCAUGAUCCGUGGGCAGUCGCAUCGGCAGUGACACCGCAAAGCUUUGCACCAUGGACAGGGCGAACUCCAGCUUCCGCCAUGUCCACCACGGCUCCCUCCAACUUGCGCUGGCAGCUCGGCCGUUCGCAGACGCCAAGCACGCCGCACCCCAUGAGUGCAGUACCCAACUCCAUGUCUGCGCACAUCGACGCAGCAUUCGACGGCGAACCGAAGUCUGCUAUCACGCCAUCGUCUCGGAAGCGAAGGAAACAUGGCCCUGCAGUAUCUAGCGCUUGGCCUUCAUCUCAAACGCCUGGAGCGAAGCCUCGAGGGCGACCUCCGGCAAGUCGCAAUGCUCAAGAUGGACCAUUCAGCUCGUUCCCAGUUGAUCCGAACAACACGAAAAUGAAAAGCCAGGUCCCGACAUCCACAUCAGCGGUAGAUGGCAGACCUUCGAGUUCUGGGCAGUCCUCACCACGCACUGUGGCCAUGGACUUUCAGUCGCAAGCCGAAGGGAGACCAGGGCGACUCUCUCUGCAGGUCCCACCGCAUACUGGAGCACCUGUGCGCCUCGCGACCCCACCAGCCUUGCAGGUCAAUGGCGAAGCCAGAGAACUGGAGACGAGAAGUGAUUCGGACGAUCCCAGCCGCGCUCUUCCGGCCCAAGGCGCACCUGGCAUGCAGGUUGCUACACAACGACUCGCACAGGGCGCGACUGAUGAUAGCAGAAGCAUACCGAGCUUCCCAUUCGAGGCACUGAAGCGCGUUCUGACGAGCGAUUUGCUCCGCGCAGAAGUCCACGGGAGACGACAACGCCUGAGUGGCGAAGAAGCCAAGCGCUUGGCCGACUCGAUGCUCGAUCGACUCCACGUGCCCAGGAGCGGCUUGGCGUCGAAAGAUGAUGUCGCGCGACUCAAUGCAGCCACAUGGCUCGGAGUAGGCGACCACACCGAUGUCCCGUUCCACUCUACCGCAGGACAUGGCAAGCGCAUCUCAGUAACCCGGUUCCGAGCAGAUAACGAAGGAUACGAAGAAAUAGUAAACGACGACAGCAUGACUAACGACACAAGAGAAGUCUUCGACGUACAGUGGCACACCAGCAUGGGAGGCUGCGUGGGAUCCUUUGAAAUGAAAGGUUUAUCUUUGGCUACAGGACCAGCAGCAGCCUCCCAUGAAGUGACGGGAGAAAGUACGCACGACAUGAUGUUGAGAAAGGGCAUUGAAGCCAUAUAUAAAUUGGACAAGCGCGGCUGGGUGGAAGAUAGUAUGCGAGAAAUUGCGCAAUCUGCUGCGCAACAAUAUCGGCCUAGCGAGGAUAAUAUCGAUUGGAAGGCGAGGUGUAAAGCGAUGGAAUUUGCAUCCAAUGUGGCGAGGGGGGAAGUACAGAGAGCGAGGGCACGAAUGCUUGAGCAGGUUAUCAAUGCGGUGUUGUGAAAAAGGAGUGAGAUAUAUAUAGAAAAG